AUGUUCGGCGCAUCCUCAGGAGGCACAGGCCUCUUUGGCAACUCCAACGCAAACAAUGGCCUCUUCGGAGCCAAUUCCUCUGCUCCAACCGCUCCAGGUGCCUCUGCUGCUCCACAGUCAACUAGUUUUGGGACGUCUGGAACUUCUGGCUUUGGAAACUCGAACCCUCAACAAGGGGGCCUUUUCGGCAACAACAACAACGCAUCUACAAACACAAACACGCUUGGAGGAACAAACGCAAGCACGGGUGGCCUCUUUGGCAAGGCUCCAGCGGCCCCUGCCACCACUGGAGGUCUCUUUGGAGCUUCAAACAACGCUCAGGCUAAUCUGGGUGGGCUUUUCGGCACUGGCAACUCUACAAACUCUGCAUCCACUCAAACGGGGGGAUUAUUCGGAAAACCUGCCGCUCCUGCCACUUCAGGUGGCCUUUUUGGCGCAAAUAACAACGCUGCCUCCACAACACAACUGAACGGCUUGUUCGGCAGUAAACCCGCCACAGGAGGUCUUUUUGGUUCCACUGGCGCCAACCCGUCGAACUUCUCCUUGGGAUCUACUGCGGGUGCCAGCAACCGCCCCGGUGGCUUGUUUGGUGGGACCAACAGCACUGCUCCCACUGGACCCGGAAAUGCUACGGGAACAACCACAGCAUUCGGCACGAAUAAUGCAGUAGUAGCCCCAGGAACAGCGGGAGCAUCUUCGGGCUCAGGACUUUUCACUAACAACACAAAUAACGCUCAGCCAUCGUUUGCGUGGUCUUCACAGCAAAACUCAAGUGUCCCUUCCAACCAAUUGAACUUGCAGUUGUCCCAGGCACCAGCAAAGGCUCAGCAAAGUUCUUCCACAUACACUCCGGCCAUCAAUGACCAGCUCAUCAAAUUGAAGGAGCAGUGGGACCCCUCGUCACCUAAAUGUGUGUUGAAGACUCACUUAUACAACAAAUUCAGUGAACAGGAGAUGGCUGUGCUCAUGCAGCAGCCCAGACCCGCUAAUGAAACGCCUGAAGAUUGGGAUCAUGCCAUGUCCAACCGUCCGGGCCCAUUGUAUUACCCAGUGAAGGUUACUUCGUUCUCAGAGGUUGCACAACGUAUUGAGGUUCAGUUAGACCAUGUCGCUAAGGGCCGCAUUUUGCUUAACACAAUCAACAAUGAACUGAAUCAGUUGCUGUCGAAGCAUGACUUAGACAAUACUACGCGUAUCAUGAAGGCCAAGGUCAGGCACACCAAGCUCGCGCGUCGCUUACUUAGACUCGCAACUAUCUUGGCUAUUCUCAAGUUGAAGGGGUAUCCGUUGUUGCCAGAGGAAGAGGAAAUCUCCAAGCAGUUCCAGGCACUUAACGCCAAAAUCACUGAUCCUAAUGCUCCUGUUGGAAAGCUUAGCGAUCUCUAUGCUAGGUUGGCCAUUCUCAAGGGCAGAAGCGAAGAAUUGUCACAUCAGUUGGAGUCUUCUAUUCAAACUAUGAACGGAGGCUUGAAGAGUGUGACCAACGACUCACGCGAGGUAUCUGGUGAGGGAAACACGCAAUUGGACCAAAUUGUCAGUCUGUUGACGAAGCUUCUUUACAAACAACAAGUUGGACUCAGCUACCUUAACGAGGUUUUGCAGAAGGACUUGGCUGUGGUUGACGAGGCCACUGCUAAACGUUAA